AUGGAUGAGGCUCACGGGCCCUUACCCAAACUGACGGAUCUGGGAAUGGAUAAUAAGUAUGCAGACGGAACCCUUCUCCUCCGGCCCGAGCUUUUUUAUUACAAUCAGGGUCUGACGUUGAAACAUCAGAAAGCGACGGUAGACAAGUUUGAAAAGGCCCGGGUUUUGUUUACGCUUUCAUCAAAAAUGGUUUCAGAAGAGUACAUGUCCACGCUUUUCAACGAGGAAGUGAUAGAGAAACUUAAACCACAAGUGGUCAGCAUGCAUGGAAUCGACCUUCCCCCCGAACUAAUGCACUGGCGCAACUCAGUUGGUAUUAUAGUAAAAGACUCUGUCCGCAACUCUGCAUCAUUAGCAGAGCAAAUGGCGAUACUCCGGAUCCUAUCUGAAUCAGAAAACAGCCUUCAUCCAGAUGAAUUGGAGCCAGAGCAGUGUUUACUGGAGAAGGAGGAAAUAGAUAUGGCCGGAAAGGGGUCUUUGAUAACCAAACCGACCUCUACCUCUUUAGAGAGGCUCAAACGGUUUGCACGGAGCCGCGGCUCCUUAAGCCGAAAAGAUCUUGACCAGCUCAAUAAUUUAACCAUAGAUACCCUACUUACUAGCAGUGCAAAUACCAGUAGAAGACCUAGUAUCAUGACUCCUAUCUCUUACACGCCGACGGCUCCCCGUGCUUCUGAUGCUAAGAAGAUGGAUUUCAGCACACUGACACCGCCUGAUGCCUAUCUAAAGCACUCCUCCGACUGCGCUUCAGCAUGCCGGAGCUCUGACGCAUUCCAGCAAAGAGAGCCUGCAGACAAUGAGAAUCAAAUUUUGUUAGAUAUUGACACGCUGGCUAGUUGUAUUAAUCCUGAGGCUAUUGACACAGUCAUUUGUGAACGUUCAGAGAAGGCUAUUAGUCCAGCAGAAAAAGCUAUGCUGGGGUCAUCUCCUGAAGUUUCCAUUAAGGAGUGCAGACUGGAUGACACCCUUGCUAUUAGUGAUUCCAUACUAGCGGAAGAUUGCCUUUAUAACAGGGUCAAGGAAGACUGUUCAUGGCACAGCGACAUGGUCACGUUUGCCGAGCCAAGAAGUGACAUGAGCUUUUCGGACAGUGAUUAUGAGGAGCUUCUCUAUGAGGUCUUAGCAGAGUACAGAUUGGAGGCCAGCAACGAAUCCAGCGGCGAUACCAAGCACCUUGUAAAAUCUCAACUAUAUUAUAAUACUGACGUUCCAGUAGAUGAGAAUAGCGCUACUUACAGAUCAUGUUUGGCAACCUUCCGAAAGAGAUUGUUGACUCCUGGCGUGCUUGACAAGUGCGCGGUAGAAUCUAAGUCCCUGAGACAGAGUAUGGUCCCACUAGGACCAGAUGCUGCAAUUCACGAAAAGGCAACCUUUGAUGGUAACUAUGAGGCUGUUCUCUCACGAUUUACAAAUCACAUGCAAAUAGACGUCUCCAUUCCGAUUGCCCUGGCAAACAUGCUCCCGAUUAGUACUUCAUAUAAUGGCUCAACCACGUAUAAGUCCUUUAUACUAGAUAGGCACGUGGAUGGGGUAAUCAUAGCCAACGCAGUAGAUGGAUCUGCGACGCUUUAUAUGCAGCCAGCUCAUGACCAUUGCAUUGUCCAUACGAGGAAAGCUAUUGAUAAGGUAUACUCCCAAGAUGCGUUUGUGAAAAGAAAUUAUGUUCUUGAAUGCAAAGACUUAGGAUUUAAGCGGCUCUCAUUAGAUAAACCCAUUUCUAGCAACGAACUCGUUAGGUAUUCAAAAGCAAGGCAUGGUACUGAGGAUGGAGAAGGCAGCACUUUCCACUUGGAAGGUCUUUCCCAACUAUCCUCUGCCUCAAAGGGUUACCACAGCGGUACAGUUGCAAAGCCCAAUUCACGGGCUGGGAUGGAACGAUCGUAUACCAUUGACAACAACGUAGAGGCAGGCAAACAAGUUGAGAACGACGAAUCUCUCGCUAAUUUAGGUAUUCAACGUGAAAGCUGUGCACACGCCCCAACUGACGACUACCAGCCACACGAGUUAUAUGAAACAACUGGUAAAGCUGCACCAAAACUGACACUUAGCAUGUUAGAUUCAGUAUCCUCUGAGCGUCGUCAACACGACUUAACGACCGUGCAGCCAUCCUUGCCUAGUUUGAACAACACCACUAUUUCCUUCAGAGGCGCUGUUCGCAGCCUUGCCAGGACGCUUCAGGAUCAGGUGCCUGAUAAGAUUCUAUCCCACAGCAUAGUUAGCUCGAAUAUACGAGCUGUUGAUACAGGAAAGACUAUUCAUCGUCACUCGCUUUUAAUGAAAAGUAAUCUCCCAAUCGAAUCUACCGCUGUGCAAGAAGACUUUACUAACGAAAUGAUAAACACAAAGAUAUGCGAAUUGAAUAGCGCACCACUGCUUAAGAAGUCUAAGACACAGAUUAGUAAUAUCUGCAAGGAAGUACCUUCUGGAGUGGUGCAUAUGAGAGCACAUAAACUAGAGACUAAUAGUAGUACGGCGGGCACUCAUCAAGGGCCCCUAAACUUCUUUGAAAAGAACGCUUUGCUCAGGUACGAAAAGUUUGCAUCGAAUAAAAGGGAGCGUAAGAUUCUAGACUCAUGGCAGCUCACCUCCGUCUAUGGCCCCAACCUGAUCCCAUUCGGAGGAAGCAAUACCAAGCACUCCGCUGUGUAUGUUGAUAUUCGGGAUGUUGUAAAGACAAGAGAGCAAAUCAAGGCUCGCUUUCGCACUGCAUCCGAUUCCUCUGUUAACUGUGGUGUUACAAGAGAAAAUCUAGUAAAAUAUGGCACGGCUUCUGUACUGAACUCUACAAUGUAUAGCAAAAAGAAUAACACUAUCUCCGUAUGCGCUCCAAGGGUUUCGACACGCGAUCACGCUGAUUGGAAGUUGGAAAAGUACUCCAAAAGGGGUAUCAGUGUAAAGUGA